AAACAUAACCCUAGCUUACGAGGCACUCCCCACCCAACCCUCGUUCUCCUGGUAUAGCGGCGGCUGGUCGCUCCCCUUUCGCUCCGGCUGCAAUCUCAUCUCGAUCCGACUCUGAUCGACUCCAACCUCACCUUCCCCACAUAAAUCCAUCCACACACCCAAGGCGGAGAGGAGAGCCAACCGAUCUGGGAUCGAUCCACACACCGGAGAGGAAGAGCUUGAUGGCACUCGAUCUGCAAUCCAUGGACAGCGGCCUGGCUGCUCUUGCUGCUUCUUACCUCGGCGGGGAGGAAGCCGUCAAGAAGCCUGACAGCAGUCCAUCCGCAGGAGAGGGAAAGGUAUUGAUUUUCCGCAGGCGCCCAAUCACACAGGAUUCCCCGUCCUUGAAUCCCCCUGCUUAUGGCUACCCCGACGGCGGUGGCGACCAGCCAAGCUUCGUCUUGAUCGAGCCAUACGCCUUCUUUGCCGACCGCCGCAACGCCACCACCGCCGACUGCGGCUUGGAGGGUCUCCGUCUCCGGGGUAACAUCGAGGUCACCUUCUGCACCGCCCAACCACCGCAGGUCUCCUGCCUAUGCUUCCACGUCACCGCCUACGACCACAACGUGUUCGCCACCCGGCCUAGCAUAGUCGCCACAGAGACUGACGGUGGGCUCGUCCUCCUAUGCGUCGUAGUCGGUGAUUGCCCAUCCGAUGCCUUGUAUCGCCGCAAUCGACACUACUUCGUCUACGACGCCAGUGUUCCCGAGCUCAAGCACAUCAAGCAGCCCGGCAACGACCACCCAGUCAACGAGCAGUCAUUUGCCAUUGUGCGCAAACCUGAGGGCAGCUACAUCCUGGCCGCACAAGCUAAUGGGUUCAGAUAUGGCAAUCAUUCUCACCUCUGCCUCUAUGACCAUGAUACCAACUCCUGGAGCAAGCUGCCAGUGAAUGUCGAUUCAGUCCCCGACGCCGACGAGUUCAUCACAUACAAGGCAAUCACAAUCGGAGGUGAUGAAGGAACAGUGGCCUGGGUUGAUCUCUCGCAUAUGAUCAUCUUCUGCAACGUGCUGGACAAACACCCCAAGCCUCAUUUCUUAAGACUGCCUAGCAAUGCAACUCGAUCGCCCGCUGUUCGGGACGUUUCAGUCCUUAAUGGCUUCAUCAAGAUGGUCGAGCUGGAGCACCGUGCUAUUGGUUGGAAGGCCACAAUAUGGAGCAUCAAGACUGGCAUCUUAUCCAAAGCGCAUUGGAGUGUCGAUUGCCAGUUCGAUUCCUCUGCUAUACCUGAACCACCGCUGCCUAAGCUGAAGGUCCGUGAAGGUGUCACAGCUCAGCCUACCUUGUCGACUCUCCAUAUUGGCCUGCCCAAGCUGAGCCUGCAAGAUGAUUGCAUUCUUUACUUACUAGCUAAGAUUAACUACCGCGACAGGCAGCACACAUCAUGGGUGCUUGCUGUUGACAUGAAGAACAACACUGUCCAGAGAGUGGCUGAGUUUAGCCCCAAGAGGGCUAUUGGUUUAGCCAGGGGCUACGAUUCAAGUACGAUCUCCAAAUAUCUCAAAGUUGGUCCAGGGAAAGGCGUGCAAGAAGCUGAGCAGUGACCGGAGAUGACGCCAUGGUGAUUAACAAGUGGAAGGAGUUUGCAUGUGAGCUGAACUGGAGUAUAUGACCUGAAAAUAAUGCAUGUGCGUUGAUGGAGGGUGUCUCAGGACUAUCCUUCGUUUGUCUGUUUCUAGACCUUUUUUAUUAAUAUGUAUCCAUCUCGUCUAUAUUGCCUCAACACCGACUCUUGUCGCUUUAUUUAUUAUGUGAUCUGCAACAAGAUAAUAUGAACUAUAUUAUAUCAGUUGUACUACCCUUUGUUUUGACU